AUGACUCAUUCUUUCGAAAAAUAAAAUUGUUCCUCUCCCACUCUUGGCUUCACAGAGAAUUUGAAUUCCCCAUUGCUCCUUAAAUCGCAGCCGCCAUCAUCCGCUUGGCGUUUGGACGCCGAGCUCAUAUUCUCCUGCCUCCAAACGAUCCAACUACUCUACAGCACCUGGCUAAACCUACCCCUCGCUGAGCUGCCUUUCGCCUUCCCCACACCAGGAGUAUCUUCAUAUUCGUCAGCAACCUUUCCAUCCAUUCUCCAGCAGGUUCCUGUAGGCAAGGUAUCACCCGGCCUUAGUUUGGCGGUUCUCACUGAGUUGGUUAGGUCGGCUGUUAUUCUUGCUGACCUUUUUACCACACGCGAGCAAUUUGCCUGGCUAUCAUGCUGUCUUCACACU